AUGGCUGAUGGACAUUUGAAAUAUCUUUCAAUAAAAUCAAUUAUUAUUAUUAAUAUUGUAUUUUUACUUGAUAAAGUGUCGGCUCUCUCUCAUAAUUGUUCAACGACUGUUUGGGCAUUGAAUGCAACAACAAUUGCUGGUUCACCUACAGGUAUACAAGGUUUCACUUCAACAUUGUUAAGUUUUCCAAGAGCAAUCACGGUUGGCACAAAUGAUUCGAUUUAUGUCAUAGAUUUUAGUAGUCCAUACUAUCGUAUGCAACUUUUUUAUCCAGGUAGUCAAUUAGGAACAACAAUUAUUUAUACCACCAAAGGCGCAGGUCUCAAUCAGCUCUCUGGCGUCAAUAGUCUUACCAUAGAUGCGAAUGGUAAUGUCUAUAUACUUGAAGCGAGCAACACUCGUGUUACAAAAUGGGCCCCAGGAGCAUCAACGGGUAUAGUUGUAGCCGGAUUAUUCGUUGACACAUCUGAUUCGAAUACACUUUAUGUAGCAGACACAUAUAAUCAUAGAAUUCAAAAAUGGCUUUAUGGAGCAAGCAAUGGAACAACGGUGGCUGGACAAUCAGGUGUAUCUGGUGCUGAUCUUGAUCAACUUUUCUAUCCAAGGUCUUUGGCUGUGGACUCGAAGAAAUCGUUGUACAUUGUGGACUAUCAAAAUAAUCGAGUCGUUUUGUGGUUAUUAGGAGCUACAACGGGCAUAGUCCUUGCUGGUUCACUUGCUGCUGGAGUAUUACCAUCUCAACUAAAUACGCCUUUUAAUGUCAGACUUGAUUCAACUGGAGCAUUUAUUGUCAAUGAUUACGGUAACUAUCGGAUUCAAAGAUUUCCUGUUCUUUGCUCGCCAAAUAUAACGUCCUCAUCGUCAUCAUCAACUACAUCAGUUGCUACUACAUUACAAAACACAACAAUAGUUGUUCCACUUACAACCAAUAAUCUAACAACAUCAGCAAAUAACUCAACAACUAAACUAUCAACUUCAACAUCACAAAACAAUAGUUUAACAAAUGCAAUAACAAAUUUAUCAUCAAAUCAUUCAUUUGCAACUCCCAUUUUAAUAUCAUUAAUAUUUUUAUUUAUUGUUUUAACCGAUAGAACAUGUCAUACUAUUGCUAUGAUACUUGUUACUAAUUCAUAUUUUGCUGAUUUUAUAUUUACACUUACUUUAUUUUGGUUGAUAAUGUUUACACUUUAUAAUGAUCUUCAACAAAUUUAUUAUAAAGAUUUAUUUCGUAAUUUUCGAGUUUAUAAUCCAUUUUGUAUAUAUGUAAUACCAAUAAAUGGUAUUGAAUUUAUUUAUUUGAAAUUAAUUCGAUAUGUUAGAGAAAUGAAUAAACGUGUUAUAUUAGUAAAUAUUUUAUUACGUGGUAAGAAAGAACUAAAAAUGGUUUUCCGACUUGUUAUACUUAUAUCAAUUUUCUUAAUAUUUGUGUUUAUGAGAAUUUUUACUUCACCACCAAAAUAUCAUUUUCGUAUUGCUUUGACAUUUAUUGAAAUAUCAACAGUAUUUGUAAUGAUUAUUUUAUUUAAAUUUACUGAUCCAGUUCGAACAUCAAUAAUGAAAAGAAUAAACAGACAAUCAAAUAUAGUCGUAGCAAUAAUGAAAUAA